AGGCUGAAAAUUCUCCCCUACUUACCUGAAAUCAAUCUCAAGAGAUUGAUUGGUGAAAAGAGCGGACGCAGGAAAAGUAUGCCCAUACUUUCCAAGAAAUAUCCAUAAUUAGACUGCUAAGCUUAGAAGACCGGGCUCCAAAAGGAUGCUCUGAGAUAUCUGGUAGUUCACUGAUGACAUUGUCAACGUACUAUGAAGUUGAAGGCUGAAGGAUAAAUACUAAGCAUGAAAGCAUGGUCAUGUGAAACUUGGAAUGGUAGAAAUGGAAAGCAGCAUGUGCCUCAGCAGUGCAAUUUUAUCUCUGUGUUUGUCAUGUAUGUGGUUGGGAGUAGUGCCUUACAUUUCUAGUGCACAGACAGACACCAUCAAACCUGGGGAAGAGCUUCAAUUUUCGGAAAAAUUACUGGUUUCUGCAAAAGGGACUUUUACUCUAGGCUUCUUCAGCCUGGAAUCUGGCAGUUAUUUAGGAAUAUGGUUCACAAUUGAUGCUCAGAAGGAGAAAGUUUGGGUUGCUAACAGAGACAAGCCUAUAUCCGGUACAGAUGCAAACCUCACACUGGAUGCUGAUGGAAAAUUGAUGAUCAUGCAUAGUGGGGGUGAUCCAAUUGUCCUGAAUUCCAAUCAAGCAGCCAGAAACUCAACAGCUACUCUGCUUGAUUCUGGAAAUUUUGUUUUGGAAGAGUUCAAUUCGGAUAGAUCUGUGAAGGAGAAACUAUGGGAGUUCGAUAAUCCUACAGACACCCUCCUGGCUGGGAUGAAACUAGGCAUCAACUUGAAAACCGGACAAAACUGGUCACUUGCUUCAUGGAUAAACGAACAAGUGCCUGCUCCUGGGACUUUUACUCUGGAAUGGAAUGGCACACAAUUGGUAAUGAAACGCCGAGGGGGCACCUACUGGAGCAGUGGAACCUUGAAAAAUAGGAGCUUUGAGUUCAUUCCUUGGUUGAGCUUUGACACUUGCAAUAACAUCUACAGUUUUAACAGUGUUGCUAAUGAAAACGAGAUUUACUUUAGCUAUUCGGUUCCAGAUGGAGUUGUUUCAGAGUGGGCAUUGAACUCGAGAGGAGGACUUUCUGACACUAACAGACCUUUAUUUGUGACGGACGAUGUGUGUGAUGGGUUUGAGGAAUAUCCAGGGUGUGCAGUGCAAAACCCACCCACUUGCAGGACUAGAAAAGACGGAUUCAUGAAGCAAUCGGUUCAUAUAUCAGAAUCACCGUCAUCAAUAAAAGAAGAUUCGAGCUUGGGACCUAGUGAUUGUCAGGCCAUAUGCUGGAAUAAUUGUUCUUGUACUGCUUGUAAUACUAUAUACACUAACGGAACUGGAUGUCGGUUUUGGAGUACAAAAUUUACACAAACCUACGCGGGUGAUGCAAAUCGGGAGGCGCUCUAUGUUUUAUCCUCAUCACGAGUUACGGGGAACAGUUGGUGGAUAUGGGUCAUUAUUGCAGGAGUGGUACUUGUGGUCCUGUUACUUAUGGGCUUCUUAUACUAUUUAAGGAGAAAAUCCAAAGGGGAGAGAAAAAUGGAGGAAGCUAUGCUGCAUGAAUUGGCAACUUCAAAUAGCUUUAGUGAUUCAAAAGAUGUUGACCAUGAUGGAAAGAGGGCUCAUGAUCUCAAACUGUUCAGUUUUGAUUCUAUUGUGGUUGCCUCGAAUAACUUUUCAUCUGAAAAUAAACUUGGAGAGGGCGGAUUUGGCCCAGUUUAUAAGGGGAAAUUACCUGAGGGGCAAGAAAUAGCAGUGAAGAGACUUUCAAGGGGCUCCGGACAAGGUUUGGUGGAAUUCAAGAAUGAGAUUAGACUGAUUGCCAGACUCCAACACAUGAAUCUUGUUAGACUUUUGGGUUGUUGCAGCAAGGGAGAAGAAAAGAUGUUAAUCUAUGAGUUCAUGCCCAACAAAAGCUUGGACUUCUUCCUCUUUGAUCCUGCUAGAAGAAAGAUAUUAGAUUGGAAAAGAUGUCACAAUAUCAUUGAGGGGAUUGCACAAGGACUUCUUUACUUGCAUAAAUAUUCAAGACUAAGAAUUAUUCAUAGAGAUCUAAAAGCAAGUAACAUCCUACUUGAUCAUGACUUGAACCCCAAAAUUUCUGAUUUUGGCAUGGCCAGAACUUUUGGGCGAAAUGCAUCAGAAGCAAAUACAAAUAGGAUUGUUGGAACAUAUGGCUACAUGCCCCCUGAGUAUGCCAUGGAAGGAAUUUUCUCAGUGAAAUCAGAUGUUUAUAGCUUUGGGGUGCUACUGUUGGAGAUUGUGAGCGGCCGGAAGAACAAGAGCUUUUAUCAUAAUGACGGUGCCCUUACCAUAAACCUGGCAGGAUACGCUUGGGAGCUAUGGAAAGAAGGUACUAGCUUGCAGCUAGUGGAUCCAAUGCUGGAGGAUUUCCACUCAUCAACCCAAAUGUUGAGAUGCAUUCAUAUUGCUCUCUUGUGUGUACAGGAGAGCGCAGCAGAUAGGCCUACAAUGUCAACUGUUAUCUCCAUGCUCACCAACGAAACUGUGCCCCUACCAAACCCAAAUCUGCCCGCAUUUUCCAUUCAUCAUACAGUGUUAGAGCUAGAUUCACACAAAGGCGGGCCACAGAGCUGUUCUGGAAGUGUAAACAUUUCAGAGAUGGAAGGUCGGUAAAGAAGAGAAUUUCAAGGGGGGAAAGGGAACCUAGAUAGCAGCAGUUUUUGUCCUAACCUAUUAGCAAUUUGUCUAGAUUGAUUCGUAUUGCCAUCAUAUAUGUAUUAGAUAUAGAAUCAACUAGGUUCCCUCAAGGUAAUCUUUUUUAAAACCUUUUUGAAUUUAUCAUAGCACGAUAGAAGCUGGUUUGGUAUAAUUUGAAACAUAGUUUGAAUCUAUAUUCUGCGGCUCAUUUAUGUUC